UGGUCGGGUCACAUGACCGUGACGUCAGGUGUUGGAAGUAGUUGCUACGUACAGUACAGGCAAGAUGUGGCUGAGACCGGAGGAGGUUCUGCUGAAGAACGCCUGGAAGCUGUGGGUGACCGAGACCUCCAACCCGUACUUCGUGCUGCAGAGGAGACGGGGCUACGGGGAGGACGGAGGGGGGCUCACAGGUCUUCUUGUGGGAACUCUUGAUGCAGUUUUAGAUUCAACUGCUAAAGUAGCACCAUUCAGGAUUCUUCACCAAACCCCCGACUCUCAGGUCUACUGGUCCAUUGCUUGUGGGGCUAGCCGAGAUGAGAUUUUAAAACACUGGCAAUGGCUGGAACAGACUGUUAUGAAGACGUUGUCAGUAUUUGACUCAAGUGAUGACGUAACCAGUUUUGUGCAAGGCAAAAUCAGGGGGCUCAUUGCUGAAGAAGGAAAGAGCUCAUUUGUAAAAGAAGAGGAUCCUGAAAAAUUUCGGGAAGUGCUGAUGAAGUUUGAAAAAUGCUUUGGAUUGCCAGACCAAGAGAAGCUGGUGACUUACUAUUCUUGCAGUUACUGGAGAGGGAGAGUACCUUGUCAGGGAUGGUUAUACCUCAGUACCAACUUCCUAAGCUUCUACUCCUUUCUGCUUGGAUCCGAAAUUAAACUGAUCAUAUCAUGGGAUGAGAUCUCCAGACUGGAGAAGACCUCUACAGUUCUGCUCACAGAGAGUAUCCAUGUUUGCUCUCAGGGGGAGGACCAUUAUUUCUCUAUGCUUUUGCACAUUAAUGAAACAUUCCUCCUAAUGGAACAACUGGCCAGCUAUGCUAUGCGAAGACUUUUUGAUAAAGACACAUUUGAAAAUGAUCCAAUACUGAAUGAUCCCCUGCAAAUCACAAAAAGAGGUCUGGAAAGCCGUGCACACAGUGAGCAUUUUACUACAUACUUUCGACUGCCAAAAGAAGAGACAUUGAAAGAAGUACAUGAAUGUUUCUUAUGGAUACCGUUCAGCCACCUAAAUACUGUGGGGAAGAUAUGUGUUUCCGAGAACUACAUUUGCUUCGCUAGCCACGAUGGCAGCCUUUAUAGCACAAUCAUACCUUUACGAGAGAUUAUUGGAUUAGAAAAGUCUGAUGUGAUAUCAAGGGGCAUUACCAUUAGCACAAAAGGGAAGAACAUAUUUCGGUUCACUGAUGUUCGAGACUUUGAAUCCUUGGUGUUAAGAUUGAGAUCCAGAUGUGCGAUAACAAGUCCCCAGCACACAAUUUACACAGAGACUAGCUACAGCCACAAUGCAGCAGAGUUCCCAGAAGAGCAUCCAAUGGUGGGUCCAAAAGGCACCAGCAAGACUGUGAGCACAGAAGCGUUAAUGACUGUGUUUCAUCCUCAGGAUGCAGAGAACCUUGAUCCAAUAAUGCUAAAAGAAAAAAUGAAGGAGCAGUCUUGGAAUAUUCUGUUCUCAGAAUGUGGUCGUGGCAUUAGCAUGUUUCGUACAAAAAGAACUAGAAAUCUAGUUGUUAGGGGGAUUCCUGAAACUUUGAGAGGAGAACUUUGGUUACUUUUCUCAGGUGCAGUUAAUGACAUGGCAGAUAACCCAGGCUACUACCCAGAAAUUGUGGAGAAGUCUCUUGGCACAUGCACUUUGGCAACUGAUGAAAUUGAGCGAGACUUGCGUAGAUCACUUCCAGAACAUCCAGCGUUUCAAAGUGACACAGGCAUCUCUGCAUUGAGAAGAGUGCUGACAGCAUAUGCAUACAGAAACCCCAAAAUUGGAUAUUGUCAGGCAAUGAAUAUCCUCACUUCUGUCCUACUUCUGUAUGCCAAAGAGGAGGAGGCAUUUUGGCUGCUAGUGGCUGUGUGUGAACGAAUGCUGCCAGAUUACUUCAACAGGAGAAUUAUAGGUGCCUUGGUGGAUCAGGCAGUAUUUGAAGAACUUAUCAGGGAUUAUUUGCCCCAGUUGACUGAUCACAUGAUGGACAUGACCUUUUUCUCAUCUGUGUCCCUCUCAUGGUUUCUUACCCUGUUUAUUAGUGUUCUACCUAUUGAGAGUGCUGUCAAUGUGGUGGACUGUUUCUUUUAUGAUGGGAUCAAAGCCAUCCUUCAGCUGGGGCUGACUGUUCUGCACUUUAACAUCGACAAGCUGCUGGUCUGUAAAGAUGAUGCGGAGGCCGUCACUAUACUUAAUCGGUUUUUUGAUAAUGUUGUCAACAAAGACAGCCCUCUUCCUUCAUCUGUGCAGCAAGCGUCUUCUGCCUGUGAACGAAAAGGCAACAGUUUGAAAGUGGAUAUCACGGAUCUUAUUAAGGAGUCAAACGAGAGGUUUGGAGCUAUUCGUUAUGAGGAUGUAGAAAGCAUGCGGACCAGAAACCGCCUAUAUGUCAUCCAGACUUUAGAAAUGACAACUAAACAAAAUGUGGUUCGAGUUGUGUUGCAGGAUGUCAAAUUCAGUUCUGCUGACUUAGAGGAGCUCUAUUAUUUAUUUAAGAGGGAACAUUUCUUGUCUUGUUACUGGAGUUUUAACAACAGCAGAACCCUUAGUCACCAUGACCCAAGUCUGCCAUAUUUGGAACAGUAUCACAUAGACUGCCAACAAUUCCGUACCCUCUACCAUCUGCUCAGCCCCUGGGCUUAUUCUCCUAGUGUAGACUCUCUUGCACUGUGGACUUUCCGUCUGUUGGAUGAAAACUCAGAUGGUCUCAUCAAUUUUAAGGAAUUUGCUUUUGCUUUUGAUGUGAUAUUCAAUGGCAGCUUUACUGACAGACUCAAGUUACUUUUUAAACUGCACAUACCUCCAGCUUUUACUGAAGUGAAUACUUUAAGCCCUUCAGAAGAAGCCAAGCUUUCCAAAGAAGAACUUAUGCAUUUCAGUCACCUUCAUGUAACCUCUCCUACAGAAAAUCACAGUCCUGAUGACAAAACAAAGAGCCCAGAAAAAGGAAAAGGUAAAAUUGACAUCCAGGCAUAUCUAAAGCAAUGGCAAGAUGAACUGGUGCGUAAAGAGGAAAGCAUUAAAGAUUUGCCCAGAAUGAACCAGUCCCAGUUUAUCCAAUUUUCAAAGACUUUAUACAACUUAUUUCAUGGGGAUCCUGAAGAAGAACUGUUGUAUCGUGCCAUUGCUGCUGUGACCAGCCUUCUCCUGCGAAUGGAAGAAGUGGGCAGGAAGCUGCAGAACUCUACAUCUCCAGUCAAGACUCCAUCGCCAGAGACCAGUACAAAAGACAUCACUCAGGGUGAUGGAUCACCAAAACAAUUGGACAGCACUAUUUCCCAGCCUCCCAAAGAAAACACAGAAUGGUCUUUUGCUUUUGAACAGAUCCUUGCCUCACUGCUAAAUGAACCUUCCCUUGUUAGAUUCUUUGAAAAACCUACUGAGCUGAAAGCCAAGUUACAAUCUGCGAAGACCUCACAAAUUCGAGCUAGCAAACGAGUGUGAGUAUUUUGACUGUCGAUCAGUUACACAGACAUGAAGAUGCCACAUUUCCUGUUACAUUCUGUUCUCAGAUGUUUUGAAGUUCAUAAUCACUUUUUUACAUUUUUAGGGCUACAAUGCAGUUUAUUUACUUGGGUGGAGCCUGCACUUCCAAUGCACUAUAUCUAGAAAUUUGCAUUCCAAGAAAGGGAAUUUAUUGAUGCAUUCUAGUAUAAUGUUAAUAUUGUAUUAUGUUGUUGUUGUAUAGGAAAGUGAUUAUUUAAAAAAAAAUUACCAUGUUUAACUCCCAAUCUUUUUGGCACAAUUAAUGCUGUACAUUAAGACAGAAAAUAGCCAAUAGUCUUGAUGGAAAUACUGAAUUCUGCUUGAUGUUAAGGUGAAAUGCAGAUGCAUGAAUUGUGAUUUGAUGUGAGCAUUCCUUUACCUGCUGUAGAAAACGUAUUAGAGGUGUCUACAUUCCCCUGAGGGCAACAAGUGUAAUGUAUUACUUGAUGCACUGGAUAAUUCGGACACCUGGAAAAACAUAGGUAAUGAAUUCUCUGUACAAAAUAUCACUAUAAUGAUAAUAUCACUGUCUUGCUAGCAAGUUUUGUGUUAUUAUGCUUUCAGGGCCAAGUGCAUUUUUAAUAACGUCACUAAUGCUGUCCCAUGGGUUUCAGUUACAAUACAGAUAGUAGGAUUCCAUCUCUUACAUGUUGGUAAAUUAUAAUUUUUUCUGUGAAUUCAGUCCUAACUGUACUCAGUUCACAGUAAGCUUUGCACAUGACAUAGAGAGAGAGAGAGAGAGAGAGAGAGAGAGAGACAUCAUAGUGAAUAAUGGCAGUUCACUGGUGCAUAAUUUUGGUAAAAACAGGAACUGCAGUGGCAGUUUCCUGUUCUCAACUUUUACCCCAUGUGCUGGGGCUUUCUGUGCACAAUUUAUCUUGGAUUGUAUACUGAAUGGGUCAGGUCAUGGCAGGCCAUAUGGUGAUGAGCUGGCAUUUAUCAUACGUAAAAUCCUUGUAUCUUUAUUGUUCUAGAGACUGAUGGGACAUCUGCAAAGGGUUUAUUGAACCUUCAGUUAUUAAAUUAGCCUUUUUUACACCUGCCUGGUUUAGCCCUAGGAACACUGGGAUUAUCAUUCCCAUAAAUUGACCACAUCCUACUCACACUUUUUCUUUCCAGUAUUUGUAAAGCUACCUGUACACAUAACAAUACAAUUAUUCAGUAUAACAAUUGUUAGAAUGUUUUACAAAUCUGUUGCACUUCAAUCAAAUCUAUUCGAUCAAAAGACUUAAAAAAUCCAUUUGAACUUAAAGCGGGGGUUCACCCUAUAAACAAAAAAAAAAUUCUUC